AUGGAAGCUUCUGCAUCAACGGAGUGGACUCCUUAUGAAGACGACUUGCUUCGUGGUGCUAUAAGCCGCCACGGAGCACGUCGCUGGGAUUCCAUUGCUGCGAUAAUCCCGAAUCGAUCUGAAGCUGCGUGUUCGAUGCGCUGGGACGAACUGCAGAACCGAUUGACUCCGUUGACUCGACGGUCGUGGAGCGUUGAAGAAGACGAGCUGUUACGUUCCACAGUAGGUUGUCAUGGUGCGGGUCAGUGGCCCAUCGUGGCUUCUUAUAUAUCUGGCCGGACUGCAAAGCAAUGCCGCGAUCGAUGGUGUAACCAAUUAGACCCUUCUAUCAACCGUAGAGCGUGGACAGCUGAAGAAGACGCACUAUUGGCGACUCAACAGCGUGAGUUGGGGAAUGCGUGGUCGCGAAUUGCAGCUAGUUUGCCUGGACGUACAGAUAACGCAGUCAAGAAUCGGUGGAACUCGGCUCAAUUUCAAAAUCGCAGGCUUGAGUUUGAGAACGAAGAGAAUUGCCAAGAAAACGUAGCUUUGUCGCCCCCACAACAGGUGCUUGAUGUGGAUGGGGUGGUUUUAUCGAGUGCAAAUGCGUCAGUUCUACCCGUACUCGGUUCACCUGAUGUGGAAAUAUCAAGAUUCCGUUCACUUGAAGCUGAAAAUGGAGAAAUGUGGAGCGUUCUAGCAGAUAUCUUGCUCGAUGACAAUAACGCCAAUAUGUGUUAAUUUGUACUUCGAGAUUUUCACUAAAUUAACCCAUAUUCGAAUAUAAUACAUGGGGACAAAGAGGCAACACACACUAUAAUAGAAGGGUGAUAGACGAGUAGGA